GGAAUAUGGGCUGUCGUACCUGUCCCUCAGGGCAUGUAUCGGGCUGUGGACGGCGUUCCUCUGUCUGCUGCUGGUGGCCACUGAUGCCAGCUCCCUCGUCUGUUACAUCACACGCUUCACGGAGGAGGCCUUUGCCUCUCUCAUCUGCAUCAUCUUCAUCUAUGAGGCCUUGGAGAAGCUCAUUCAUCUUGGGGAGACGUAUCCCAUUAAUAUGAACAACAAUCUGGAGAAACUCACCAUUUACAGAUGUUCCUGUAUUGAGCCUGCAAACCCCAGCAAUGCCACUCUUCAAUAUUGGGAGCAGAACAACAUCUCAGCUCCGGAGAUCUUCUGGGAGGCUCUGGAAGUUCAGGACUGCAUUGAGAAGAAAGGAGAAUUUGUGGGGUCGGCUUGCGGGCCUCACGGUCCGUACGUUCCUGACGUUCUCUUCUGGUCUAUAGUUCUCUUCUUCUCUACUGUGGCCAUGUCAGCGUUCCUCAAAGAAUUCAAGACCAGCCGCUACUUCCCCACCAAGGUCAGAGCCAUCAUCAGUGACUUUGCAGUCUUCAUCACUAUUUUUACGAUGGUUCUGGUGGAUUACAUUUUAGGAGUGCCUUCCCCCAAACUGAAGGUCCCUAAUGUGUUUAAGCCAACUCGUGAUGAUCGUGGGUGGUUCAUUAACCCGCUGGGUCCGAACCCGUGGUGGACGUGUGUGAUUACAGUCGUUCCCGCCCUCCUCUGCACCAUCCUCAUCUUUAUGGACCAGCAGAUCACAGCUGUGAUCAUCAACAGGAAGGAGCACAAGCUCAAGAAAGGCUGUGGCUAUCAUCUGGACCUGUUCAUUGUGGGCGUGAUGCUGGGCGUCUGCUCUCUGAUGGGGCUGCCGUGGUUCGUGGCAGCGACGGUUCUGUCCAUCACUCACGUCAACAGUCUGAAGCUGGAGUCCGAGUGUUCGGCGCCCGGAGAACAGCCCAAGUUCCUCGGGAUCAGAGAGCAGCGGGUCACUGGCCUCAUGAUCUUCCUCCUCAUGGGCUGCUCUGUAUUCAUGACCUCAGUGCUGAAGUUUAUUCCAAUGCCAGUGCUGUAUGGAGUUUUCCUUUACAUGGGUGCAUCUUCACUGAGAGGAAUACAGUUUUUUGAUCGUUUGAGAUUGUUCGGGAUGCCGGCUAAACACCAGCCAGACUUCAUUUACCUGAGACACGUUCCACUCCGAAAGGUUCAUCUGUUCACCAUCAUCCAGCUCAGCUGCCUGGUUCUCCUCUGGGUCAUCAAAACCUCCAGAGCCGCCAUAGUCUUUCCCAUGAUGGUGUUGGCGCUGGUCUUCAUUAGGAAGCUGCUGGAUUUUAUCUUCACAAAGCGAGAUCUCAGCUGGCUCGAUGACCUCAUGCCUGAGAGCAAGAAGAAGAAACUGGAGGACGCUGAGCGAGAGGAGGAGCAAAGUAUUUUGGCAGAGGAAGAAGGAAUCGUACAAGUGCCAUUGGAGGGACAUUACAAAGAUGAUCCUUCUACUGUCAACAUUACUGAUGAAAUGUCCAAAGGCUCCUUUGGAAAUACUUGGAACUCCAAAACUGAUCUGAACUCAAAAAGCCCCCUUUCCUAAGCUUGCAGAUGCUGAUCCC